AUGUUUAAUUAUAUCACGGUAACGUUCAUAGAACUAAUCAAUUGCGUUGAAAAAUUAAUUCGCCGGACUUUUGCCAGGUUAAACAGAAAUUAAACGAAAGUAUUGUACAACAGUUGCACAACCAUAGAUUAUACUUGAAUAGUCAAAGUGGUUGUUUUCGAAUUAGUUCCGUGGCACUAUCUAUCGUAGAAUGUUCAAACUUCCAUUGAAUACAAUAUUACCUACUUACUUACUUAAGUUACGUAGAUGUCUCAUAUUUAGGUAUCCUGCUAUUUAGACACUCGAUUUGUUUAUUAAACAACAGUACAGUAAUCGAACAUUAAUAUUAAGAAAUAUAUAAUCAAUAAAGAAUUUAGUUAUUAUGUUAUCAUGUAAUUAGCUUUAUGUUAGUAAUCAAUACAAUCGCAAAUUAAAUAUAUUUUAUAAUGCUACUUUGGUGAGGUUAAUAAUAUUUAUUGGGAAACAAAGCAAAAGUAUAUUUUAAAAUGAAUUUGAUGAAGCCUACGAUACAAAAAUAUGUAAAUGAUGCAAGUUCGGUAUAUAAAGGAUUAAAUGGAUUAUUUCUUGUUUACAAGCCUCCGCUUAUACCUUUUGGACAAGUGAGAGCAACAGUGAUUCUGAAAUUGGCUAACGAAUUAAAUAAUAUGUAUGUAAGACCUCCAGUUAAAUAUGUAUCUAUAGAUGGUCCUACAAAUAUGCCAUUAAAGGUUGUUGUGCGUGAUAGUUAUGCGGAUAAUCCAUUAGUAGUAGGACCUAGAUAUCAGAACCAAGACUUUAGAUUAUCAUGCACAAAAUUAAUGGACAAAGAUGCAAGUGGAGUUGUAAUUUGUGGUAUUAAUGAUGGAAACAGUAUGAUACGAAAAAUAAGAGAAUCUAAGAGCACAAGAUUCUAUAAGGUAACAGGAAAGUUUGGUAUAGCAACAAACAAUUACUUUUGGACUGGAAAAGUAAUAGAAAAAUCUACAUAUAAUCACAUAAGACGUGGUCAUAUUGAUAAGUUGUGCAGUGCGAUGCAAUCUUCUCAUCAAAGAAAAAUGUUUGAAUUGUGUGGAGUAGAUAUGCAAUCUCAAACAGCAUAUGAAUUGGCAACAAAAGGUCUACUAAGACCAUUAGAUUCUAAAAUUCCAAUGUUAUACACAAUUAGAUGUAUAGAUUUUUCUCCUCCCGAAUUUACAUUGGAAAUUGUUUGUGUAAAUGAAUAUGAAAUGUACCUGAAAACCAUAAUCCACGACAUAGGAAUGCAACUUCAAAGUACAGCCACUUGUACUAAUAUUCUUUGUAUUCAAGAUGGUUUAUUCACUUUACAAGAUGCAUUAUUAAAAAAACAUUGGAACCUGACGAACAUUUUGAAUAGUAUAAGAUUUUGUCGACGAAUUCUUAUAAAUAAUGAACAUUUGUGGAACCAGGAAAGUCCUACCUUAAUAGAACAUAAGUCAAAUACUGAAUCUGUGGAAAACUUUUAAUAAAACAUGUCUAAUAUAAAUGUUAAAGAUUUAUUAUAUUCACUGUUAUAAUACGUUAUUGUACAAUUCAUAAAAACUUCGUUUUAAAUUAUAAUUGCAACAUGUCAAUUUCAUCGAUACAAUUAUGUUUCACUACGACUUCUUUUGGAACGUGGAUUCGAAUCAAUAUCAUCAUGUUUGUCUGUAGGUUUCAUGGACCUUCCUCUAGAUUUAUGCUUAUUUGGCCAUUGUUGCAUUUUCAUGCUUUUAGCUAUAACACGUUUUUGAUGAUCCAACUGCGGGAACAAAUCUAUAAAAGAGAGAAAGAAAUGAAAUAGAAAUUUUAUGUUUAAUGUUGAUUCAGUACUGUUCAGGUUUUAUACCUUGCGACUUUUCUAGAGCCUCUUUGGCUGAAUUCAUUUCUGCUUCUUGUAUACUAUGACCUGAUGCUUUUGCCAAUCGUUUCCCUUGGAAAUACACAGCAACAGUAUACACUCUUGUAUUUGUUG